AGAUUAUCUGAUGAACUUGAAUUCAGUGUUUUCUUUCAGUCAAAGUGAAUUAGUCUACAAAUUGAUUCCUCGUUUAAUUGAAUGAGAGGAAAAAUGUUCCAUCAGCUGUUGAAUUGUCUCAUUUCAAUUUCUUCAUCAAUUGAGAAACAUUUCCCCAUGUGAAUUAUCAUCAUCAUCACAUGAAGUUGACAUUUUACACCAACAAGAUUCUCUUGAUGGUUAUUAUUAAUACUUAAUUUCUGCUCAAUGCAAUUGGUUGGCUCAUAAUAGAAGAAAAUUAAUCACAUUCAAUGGAUUAUUGUGUUUUCUUUUUUUCUCCAUGGUACAUGAAUGGAACUUUUCCUCAGGCUUCUAUCUGGUUGAUUAGUUGCUUUUGAUCGCAAUUAAGAUAAAAAAAAAGAUGUGAUUUAAUUGCUGGUGCCAAAGGAUAAAUGAGAUGAUACUAAUAGAAUUUCAUUUUCUCCAUUCGAACCUCAAACAAUGAAUUCUCUCCAAGGAAAAUAUUCCAGAUCAGAUGCGAUUCCCAACCAUUUGAUUGAACCUUUUAAUUGAACUUUGAUUUGCUUUCAGAUCUAUAAUUAAUCACCAUGAUGCAUUCAAUUGAAAAACUGUUCAUUUAACUGAAUAAAAAUGCUAAGACAAUUAUUUAAUUAGGAUCCAACUCUCUCUCUCUCUCUCCACCUCAUUACUAUUCAAGUUCAACAUUGAAACAAUCCAAAUGAGUUAUCUUUAGAUUUCAUCUAUUCUAAUAACGUCUAUCAAUUCUGGAACGAUCUUCCAACGGACAAUCGUUAAUCUCCAUGAUGUUAAUUGUUGUCUCAUUACAAUAACUAGAGAGUCUAAUCUACAAACGACACCAUGACUGAAGUUGAUAACAAUUUACAGGAAAAACUCCGAAAAAAGAAGGAGGAAGAAGAAUCCAUGUGGGCCGAAUAUAUAGAACAAAUGAAGAAAACCCGGGCCAAGGAAGAAGAAGAUUUGAAGAAAUUGAAAGAGCGACAGGCCAAAAGAAAAGAUCAACGCCGAGAACAAGAGAAAAUGAUGCUUGCGAUGAAAAAGAAGCAAGAUGAGCAGAAACAACGGGAGAUUGAAGAGAAAAAAAAUCGAGAAGCUGAGGCCAAACGUAAACGAUUAGAAGAAGCUGAACGUAAAAGACAAGCCAUGGCUGCGGCUUUACAGAAGCAGAAAGAGUCGGUUAAACCAAAUUACGUUAUCACCAAGAAAGAAGGAGGUUCGACGCAAGGACAGGGUCAAGAUAAGUUUUCCAAUGUGAUGUUUGCUCGAGCUGAAUUGAACAAAACAAAGGAACAAUUGGCUGAAGAGAAAACCAUUGCCCUUGGAUUGAGAGUUAAACCUCUAAAAAUUGAUAACAUGGAUGAAGAUGAUCUUCGUAAAAAAGCCGCUGAACUUUGGGAACAAAUUAUCCAAUUAGAGAGUGACAAAUAUGAUCUUGAGGAGCGGCGAAAGAGACAGGAUUAUGAUUUGAAAGAAUUGAAUGAACGUCAACGACAGAUCAAUAGGAACAAAGCUUUGAAAAAAGGUUUAGACCCAGAAGCUUUUACUGGAAAAUAUCCACCAAAGAUCAAUGUCGCAAGUAAAUAUGAACGACGAGUCGACCGGUACACUUUUCAGGAUAAAAAGGCUCUUUUCGAAGGCGGUUGGGAAGAAUUGUAUAAACAGCAACUUGAAAAAUCAUGGGAAGAAAGGAUUAAGGAUUAUAAGGAACGUGGAUCACCAAAAUUGAUGAAGUGGGAUCCAUCUAACCCGAAAAACAAGGAAACCUAUGAACCUGGAACAAGGACCUAUGAUGAUACUGAUGAUUUUGAUGUUAUGGACACUUUCAAGCCGUACUCAGCUCCUGAACCUUCACCACCACGAUCAGCUCCUAGGUUUGGUGCUCCAGCUCAACCAGAGGAUGAGGAAGAAGAAGAGGAAGAAGAGGAAGAGGAGGAAGAAGAGGAAGAAGAGGAAGAAGAGUAAAGAAGAAAAAUCAAAUAAAAUCAAAGAUGGUUUCACAUCGUCACAUAAAGAAAAAAAAGAAAACAAACCCAAAUAUUUGCCAAAAAUAACGAAUAACGAAAAGACUUGUUGUUGUUGACCAUAUUGGGUGUUGACCUUAACCCAAAACCACCACUCUCUCUGUUAUCCGCUCUGUUUUCCUCUCUCUCUCUCUCUCUCUCUUCUCUAUUUCCCUCUGUUUGUGUGUAUGAAUGUUUUUUUUGUGUAUGGCGAGUGUAUGUUUUUGUGGAGGAUAAUCCUUUCCAGUGUAUAGUCUCUCUAUGUGAGCCAAAGAUUGCAAAAAAAGGAAGAUGUUAUUGUGAAAAGUUUAACCUAAAAUCGAGUGAAAGAAAGAAAAAAAUAUAAAUAAGAAAAGAAUAAGAAAAAAGCAAAGAAAACAACGUUAAUCAAUGGUAAACGAGAAAAACAUACACAAACAAUUGAUUUAUGAUUCUUAUUCAAUUAUCAACGUUUCUCUCUCCAUCUCCUCUAUCUUUAUCAAUCCAUUGACAAAGCUGCCAAAAAUAAUUAAAAAAAAAAUAUAUAAUAUUAA